AUACAGUUUUCCAACAGUUUUGCCGCGCACCCAACCAUAGGCAUAUAUAAUGCUAGACUAUCUUUUUAUGCAAAUGUUCGCUUAUUCGCAGAUUUGUGAUAAAUAUUAAAUAACUCUUUAAUUAUCACGAGUAAUAAUUAUCACAAAAUGGUACAAGAUUUUUCUACUCAAUAUAACUUGCUCUACUUGCCUACGAGAUGUAAUACAGUUAUUACUGGACACCCAGUAUAUAGAAUGAAAGAAUUCUGAUCGCAGAGCUUGGUCGUAGUCGCGGCAAGCAUCUUCAGUGCGAACAUCGCAAAGAUCAAAGAAAGGAUCGAGUGAAAUUGACUUUUCGAAAAGUCGACUGGAUACUAAAUUUAUCAGAAUAAAUAAAAUAUUUCUGAAGAAAAGAAGUGUUAUCUGUGAAAAUGAUACGUGAAGUUGAAAGUCAAAACCGAUUGAAGAAAUUGAUGAAAAUGGAUAGUGAUUUCCUAAGCCACGUGCAAUUGGUACAUCAAUUUCAAUGUUUGUCGCCUCAACCAAGGGCAAUCUCAGUAGAGGAUCUCUUGACUGUGGGCCUCGGAUCUGAUGAAGUUUUUUAUCCCGCCUUCACGGUAUUAACACGCUGUGUUGGAUCGGGAUGUUGUCCUGAUUCUAAUCAGAUCUGUGCUCCGAUUGAAACUAGAAAUGUCAGUCUUGUCUUCAUGGUGAGACAUCGCAUUGAUCAACAACGAGAUCGUCACCAUGAAGUGAUUCAUGCUUUGGAGCAUGUCAAGUGUGCCUGCAUGAAUAAAAUCUACGAAGACUUGCAAGUUUCGGAAGAAAAAGGCUUGAAGAAACAAUAACUAUUCCUAUAUAUAAAUUACUUCCUAAGUAAUCAAAGAAUUAAAAAUAU